GCCUUGCACACCAGGUCUUGCUUCGGGAAGUCGACAUCACAUCUCACCAAAACGCCACCCGCCCACGUCUAGAGGAUUGGGAAGUGCCUAGAUUUCAACACCACUUCUAGCUGUCGUACGCAGCUGGAGACGAGACAGCGAGAGAGAGAGGGAGAGCGAUGGUCGUGCCAUCGAUUGUCUCCUGGGAGGAUGUCGAGCAAGGGGCGAAGGAGGUUAUGAAGCACAAAAUAUGGAAGACGCAAACAUGGAAGGAGUUCAAGACAACGAUUGCGGCCACUAUUCAUGUCCCCGUUAAGGAACUCACACAACAUAAAGUCGCGCUUCAGGCGCUCAUCGCACAGGAAGGCGAAGAAGGGGCCAACGGCAACGAAGACGACCACACGGAGGAAGGGGUUGAUGACGAGGAUGGUGACGAGGAUGAUCGCAACGAGUGUGGAUCUUCGUCAUCAGAUGACAAUGAUCAAGGCGAUGCCAUGCCAGCAAUGAGGGAUUUGGCCAGGGCGAUGAACCUUGGACCCAGACCGCUCCAAGGUUUGAAGCAGAUGAAGAGGCGCGAUGCGGAGAGAACACUUCGGGAGAGGCUCAUCUCUUCUGGCGCACAGUUCAAGGGCUUAUUCCCGUCAUCCAAAGAGAUCGCGCAAGCACGGCGAAGAACCGAAACGAAGAACGACCUGGACGGCAUGGACCUUGGCAACGUCGUCCAGGGAUCGCGGCGAAGAGAAAGGUCAGAAGACCACGGCUCUCCUCCCAAGAAGAAACGGCGCAGUGUGAACGAACAGGAAGGGACCUCUGACGGUGGAGAUUGUUCGAAGAGUCAUGACGAUGAGUCUGAAGAGGAGUUUGAGCUUUAG